GAAAUUGAACUAAUAACAGCAUACAGUUUACUUACUCCCCUCAGUCUUGUUCAUAUGGCAAAAAAACUGGACUAAUAGCGCCAUAUGGAAAAGUAAAAAACUAGACAUGUAAUUUCGGCUCAGAGCUCAGUAGUCAAUAGUGGUAAAAUUGAAGUUAUCCCAGUAAACACGAUUUGCCCGCGCUGAUAACAAUCCGGUUAGGAGCACAAAUCCAGAUUUCUCCAUUUUUAGGAAAAGGACAUCAAACUGUAUCAUGUGCUCAUGUACCCCAUGGAUAAAUUCAAUCAUAAGACAAGUUAUUGUAACGUCAUGGUUUUGUGAAAUGAGUGAUUCCAGAUGUCGGAAGUUGGAACACACUAUGACUUCAGUAUUUAUCGGAUCUAAUGUCAGCUUUUUAAUCAUUCGAUUUGUCCGAUAAAGAAAUAGAAGAAAAAAAAAAAGUUGAGGGCUUUCUUUUUGGGAGGCUAUGAUCUGAUUAAGCUUUUCUGGGAUUGAGGGCCAUUGAUAGAAAAAGAAAUGAAACAAAAUUCAUGGGUUUGUACUUUAGCCACUCAGAUUUCCCUCUGUUUUGCUCUUUACCUUGCAUUCAAGGUGGGUCAACCUCAAGAAGCUUUCUUUCAGAAUGGCGGGACUUCUGAAAGCAUUAAACCCUUUGAUUUCUACUUCAUCAGUGUUGCAGGAGAUUUUAGGCCACAAAAUGAACAGACCCUUCUUCUCAGACAGAUGGCAAAGGUUGCGGAAUUGUUCAAAGCACAGUUUGUGGUGAGCAUUAGUGAACUUGGACAAGAUGAUUCUCUACGCCUGAAUGGAACACGGUAUUUUCGGUCCCUGAAAGUUCCCUGGUACACGACAAAAUCAUUCGAUGAACAAGGAGCUGGUCAUUACCUCAAGUGUACAAAGAUCCCAUAUGGAAAGACCUUGGACAUUGUUUUCGUCAAUACACAGCUAUUUCAGGGUAUUUCGAGCGAUGCUCGGAAAACUCAGUUAUCAUGGCUGACAAAGACGCUAGAAAGAAAUAUUAGUGAUUGGUGCAUUGUUGUCGGUUUCCACCCAUUGUCAUCUUGUAAUGUAACUACUGAAGGCGAAAAGAGCAGUGAUUCUCUCCACCAUAUACUUCUCAACUAUGGGGUGGAUGCAUAUUUGAGUGGCGACACUUUCAGGAGAUACAUUUCGGUAAGAACUGCAGAACAGCUUAUUGAUGCUAGUCCGAUGACCAAAGGACCUUGCAUUACUCCUGUGAAUAAGUUACAUCCUAUUUGCAAGGAAGCAGUAGAUGGCUUCUUUCUUCACAGGGUCGGCUCCUUCGAGUUUGUGACUUAUUUAUUGAGCUUGAAUGGAGAAGUUAUUCAAAAAAUUGAACAGAAACAAAUCGGCAAAGAAGUUAUGUAGCAUUCGUUGAUAGUUGAAACCAUUCUUUGAUGCGUUGGUUGUUCAAUAUUUGUUCGCUUCCUCUCGUCUAGCGUUUGGCGGUAAUACCCUUUUUUUUUUUUUUGUGUCGGCAUCAUGGUUACAUUGAUUUUGACCCCAUGUAGAAGCUACAUGAUUGUUUCACCAACUCAACAUCAUCUAGUUGAGGAUGAAGUUAAACUAGAAAAAGGUCUCCUACAUGCUGUCAUUUGGCUGGAAUGAUGAUGAACUACUAAAGACAGAAACUCUGUGGUACGAAAGAGAGUUCUGUUAUAGAACUGUACUUGGACGGAUGAAUUUUAUCAGUUUGACAGACUAGAAUUCGACAUGGGGACGCAGGGAAUUCACACAGGAAAAAUGUCCAGUUUGUAAAAUUAUUGGUAACAAGUGAUCAGAUGGGAUGGAAUGGGUAGUGUCAUUUGGAGAUUUUUCUGUUGGUGUUUGCAUUGUAUUUAGCAUGAUCAAAAGCAAAAUCUGAGUACGUAUACGAAUGGAGAAUGAUCAGGUUCAGUUUAGAUUAUUGUCCGAAUUGGACAAUAACAUGUAUGUAAGAAAAUGGAAUUACGAAUCUAUUAAGGCAUAUGUACAUUGGUUAAAUUUUACUACUUCCUUUGUCUUAAAAUUAUUGUCCAGUUUAGAUUUUUUAAUUUUGGUUCAUUUUUUACUAAAAAUGAAAAUCCGAAUUGGACAAUAAUUUCGG